AUGAUUUUUAAGAAAAAUGAUGAAGAUCCGUUAUGCAUCCAAGGUCUUUUGUUCUUCUUAACAUCUGUUGUUAUAGCACAAAUAUUUUUAGUUCUUAAAAAGAAAUAG